CGCGCGGGCCAGAGAGGAAAAUGGCGGCGCCCAUGAGUGAGGGGUUUCCCGCCUUGGAGCCUGGCGCUGCUCCCUACGGCAACUUCCCUAAUUAUUCCCGCUUCCACCCGCCCGAGGAGCGAGUCAGCCUCCUUCCUGGGGAGCUCUUGCAGAGCCUGUUCCCCGCGGCGCCCCGUCCGCUGCUGGGGCUCGAUGUGGGGUGCAACUCGGGGGAGCUAAGUGUGGCUCUGUACAGGCAUCUCCUUGGGCUUCAGGAGAGCAAAGGCAGCCUGGACCAGCCUGCAGCUGGAAAGGAUCUGAACCUUCUGUGCUGUGACAUUGAUCCGGUGUUGAUUAAGAGAGCUCAGCAGUGCAGCCCCUUUCCUGCCUCCAUAUCCUUUGCCAACCUGGACAUCAUGGACUCUAGUGCCAGGGAACCAUUCCUGAGCUCCUACCUGGGCCGUUUUGGCCGUUCCACCUUUGACAUCGGUUUUUGCAUGUCUGUGACCAUGUGGAUCCACUUGAAUCAUGGGGACAGUGGCCUGAUGGAGUUCCUGUCCUUCCUCUCCUCUCUGUGCAAGUACCUGCUGAUCGAACCUCAGCCAUGGAAAUGCUACAGGGCAGCUGCACGCCGCCUGCGGAAGCUGGGCAGGAAUGACUUUGAUCACUUCCGAUCUCUUGCUAUCAAUGGGGAUAUGGCAGAAAGGAUAACCCAGAUCUUAACGAAGGAUUGUGCCAUGGAGCUGGUGUGUUGCUUUGGGAGCACCAGCUGGGACAGAAGUCUUUUGCUUUUUAAAUCAAAUGGCUCAAAUCACGAGGGCAGGGAGUCUUCAGAACAAGAGCAGUGACUGACAAAUGGCCUCUCACAUUCAUGAACUUAUGGGCAAGGAGGUGCUUGCUGUUUACAGAGUCAGAUCUAGGAAUUCCUAAAUCCCUACUGGGACCAGACCUUGACCUCCCUAGGGAGUUUGAGGCAAGUAAUGUCUGUGUGGUUUUUUUUUCUUCCCAUCUGCAAACUGCAGUGGCAGUUUUAACCUACCUUGUGGGUUCUGCGAUUGCUGUUCCUAGAAAGUGUUCUUGAAAUGAAAGUUGCUACGUAUGUGCUUUCUACCUGUGUCAAGAAUAUUCCCUGGAAGAAGAGAAUACAUGCCUUUUUUUGUCCUUGGAGCUUUUCAAGGAGAUGGGAUAUUGCUGUUGAUCCGUGCGAUGCACUGUUCUGCUUGUUGUCAUGCUUUCUGUAUAAAAUGCUCUUGGAAAACAUAGCCUGGUUUACCAGCUAUGAACAAGUGAGUUGGAUCGUGGCAGAGAUCAACAGGUUGCCCAGAGAGGUGGUGGAUGCCUCAUCCCUGGAAACGUUCAAGGCCGGGUUGG